AUGGUCAAGACACGCCGCUUGAUGCGGCGCGAAAUCACAUACUCUUCAGCCAAAACAAAUGAAACCAACAUGCUGGUGUCUUUGGGAUACUACGGCAAGCUGUACGACUUUUUCCUUCACUUGUAUCGCCAUGAAAAUCUCCUUAAGCAGGCCGCUGCCCACCAUCUGGGUGUCAACCCGGAGAGAUGCGAAGUGGCUUUGGUGACGCAAUGGCUUUUUGGGAGUUUUAAUGUUUGCAUUCCAAUUGUCAUUGACACACAAAAAUCCGUGUUAAUGCGAUUCCCGCUGCCGCACCGUGUCGGCGAAUCAUUCAGACCGGGGAAUUCUGAUGAGAAGCUUCGUUGCGAGGCGGGAACUUAUACAUGGCUGCAACAGAACUGCCCAUCCAUACCAAUCCCCAGGUUGUAUGGGUUUGCUUUCUCAACAGGCCAGAGUUUUACCGCCAUCGAAAAUAUGCCGUUAAUAGCACGUUGUGUUCAGUCCGUUCGUUGUUUUAUACUCAGAAUGUUUGGUUUCCCAGUGACAAAAUACGUUCCUUACACUGGGCCCUGCUUGGAUGCUUGGAAGACUGGCUACCUUCUUGUUGAGAGAAUCGAAAAUGGUAGCAUGUUGUCGAAAACUUGGAAAGAUAAACGCGAUGAUCAAAACCUUCGAAUGAAUUUUUUUAGAAGCCUAUCGCGAAUUUUGCUUACAAUUGCACGGGUACCGGUCCCUCGAAUUGGGUCUUUUACAAUUGACCAUAAUGGCUUUCUGAAUCUUAACAAUAGACCUUUGACAAUAGAAAUCCAGCAGAUGGAAAAUGAGCACAUUCCUGUGGGAAUUCCACGGGAUGCGACAUACUCUACCUCACUUGCAUACGCCCAUGAUAUUCUGGCUCUUCAUGACAAUCGCUUACGGUACCAGCCUAACGGUGCAAAUGACAAAUGGGAUUGUCUGCACCAGAUGGCCACUUUGACCAUGAUGAGAAUUCUUUUGCCGCAUUUCUUUAAUCGCCAGCUUAACCAUGGGCCAUUUACUGUAAUGCUGAAUGACCUUCAUCCGAGCAAUAUUUGA